AUGGCAGGAUCCUCGGGGGAUCAAGCUGAUGCGAUCGCCAUGCCACAGUCCCCUCGUACCAAGCGCAUCAUACAGCAUUUUGAGCGACAAAUGCGCCUCCAAGUUGAUGGCCUCGCUGAAGACAUUCACGUCACCAACGAGCGCCUUGGUCAGCUUGAAACAGCACAAAUUGAAGCCGGUUCGGCGCUCCAGGAAUUAAAAACCGCCCAAGCCACCACCAACACCAGCCUCGACACCAUCAUGACACGGCUUGAGGAGUUGUCCCAGCAGCUUGGUGAGGUACAGGGCGACACUGAUUAUGGUGGCGACACCGAGCAUGACGCUCAGGACCGUCGUCGCCGGCGAGGACCUCGUCAUGUGGUACGUAACCAGGAUGAUUCUUUCUCUAAAAUUAAACUCACUAUACCUGAAUUCAAUGGUAAAUAUGAUCCUGAUGCUUAUCUUGAGUGGGAACUUGCUGUUGAUCAAAAAUUUGCAUGUCAUGCUUUUCCUGCACAACAUCAAGUUAGAGCUGCUACUAGUGAGUUUACCCAUUUUGCUUCUAUUUGGUGGCGCGAACAUGGCAGCAAACAUCCCACUGAAAUUCCUACCACUUGGGAUGCUUUAAAAGUUCUCAUGCGCCACAGAUUUGUUCCCUCAUAUUAUGCUCGCGAUAUGCUUAAUAAACUACAGCGUUUAAGGCAAGGUACAAACUCUGUUGAAGAGUACUAUCAGGAGCUGCAAACUGGUAUGCUUCGUUGUGGUUUAGUUGAGAACAAUGAUGCUGCUAUGGCACAUUUUUUGGGUGGUUUAAACCGUGAAAUUCAGGAUGUGCUUGAUUAUAAGGAGUACAAUAAUAUUACUCGUUUGUUCCAUCUUGCUUGCAAAGCUGAACGUGAAGUGCAGGGACGACACACGAGGACACAUGCUAACUCUUUUGCAGGUCGCACCACGUCGUUCCACUCAGCCCCUAAGCCUGUGGCCGUGUCACACCCAGCAGCGCCAUCUCCACCUAGCGGCACUCCGAGUGACAAGGCAGCAGCAAAAACUCCAGCGCCACAUCAAGCAACAAAGGGCGCCUCUUCCUCUGGACGCACCAAGGACAUUCAAUGCCAUCGCUGCAAAGGUUUUGGUCACGUGAUACGGGACUGCCCCAACAAGCGCACGCUGAUUAUACGUGACAAUGGUGAGUAUUCUUCAGCUAGUGAUUCCGAAGAAACCAUAUAUGCUAUGCUUGCCACUGACGUUGCAGGAACCGAAGAAGAACAUGUGGCUGCCACUGACGCCGACAAGUAUGAGAGUCUUGUUGUGCAGCGCGUUCUCAGCACGCAGGUUGCACAACCAGAGCAGAACCAGCGCCACACCUUGUUCCACACCAAAGGCGUUGUGCAAGAACGAUCUGUUCGCAUCAUUAUUGACGGCGGCAGCUGCAACAACUUGGCAAGCACGGAUCUGGUGGAGAAGUUGUUUCUCUCAACGCGCCCACACCCACACCCCUACCAUAUUCAAUGGCUAAACCAGGGCGGCAAACUCAAGGUAACACGCUCGCUUUUGCAGGACUAUGCCGAUGUGUUUCCGAAGGAGUUACCACCAGGUCUUCCUCCCAUUUGCGGCAUUGAGCACCAGAUCGACCUCAUCCCAGGCGCCCAGCUUCCCAACCGCGCCCCGUACCGUACCAAUCCCGCUGAAACAAAGGAGAUUCAGCGCCAAGUCCAAGCGUUACUUGAUAAGGGCUACAUUCGUGAGUCUCUUAGCCCUUGCUCUGUUCCUGUUUUACUUGUUCCAAAGAAGGAUGGUACCUAG